AUGUAUCAAGUCGUUGCGCAAGUCCAGUCUCUCGUUGAGAAUGGCGGUGAAGCAACCCGGAAGACCAUCAUUGGCACCCUCCGCAACCUGUCCUGCUCUCUCGAGUCUCUGCAGGACAUGAUGCAGAGUAUUCCCUACCUGAGCAAAGAGCCUGUGACCACGGAACAACUAGUCGCGAAGACAAACUCAGCAACGACCUUGUUAGGCCGAAUCCCCCGCUACCUUGCUUCCGUCAACACCAUCCAAAAAGUCGCCAUCAACAUCUCAAUCGCUGAUUCCACGGCCAUUGUCGGAAGCAUCGGCCGCGUGAUCUGGGCCCUUCCCGGCUUCCUCCAAUCCACCAAAUACCAAGAUACCCUCCAGAAGGCGAUGAACACCGACAUCCUCCGCUUCAUAUUAAUGCAAUCCAUGCCCGAGAAAUCGGCAUGCCACCCAAGUUGA